ACUAUCUUCCGAAUUGGUUCAAGUUGAGCUGCUCUUACUCUGCUUAGCUGCAGCUUGGCUUUUGGCUCGUGCUGCUCCUCUGUCCGCCCGCCUUGUCCGUCGGGUACAACUGCUACUAGGCUGCUGCUGCUGCCCUCUCCUCUUCUUCUCCAUGCCGAUGGUUCCUCCCCUCUUCUUCAUCUCCACCCCCUGACGGUUUCUUAGCGUGCUUGUGUGUUGCUGCGUCAUUCCCGGUGCCGUUUCCGCGGCACAUUUCGCAUCUUGCCGCCUCGGUGGAAGAUUUGCUUCUUUCCAGCGUUUCGGCGGCGAAUGCGGGAUCUUGGCUUCGGCCUCUGCGCGCCGCGGUGGAAUGCUGCAUAGUUGAUGGUGGCAUUGCCGGAUCGAGGAAAUCUCGGAGGGCAGUGCGUGCGGCGUAGCUGAGGACCGCGUCCUGAGCAAGCAGCACGUGAGGUGUUCGAACAAAAGGGUGGAAGGAAGAUGAGGAGGGACUUGUCCUGCUUCGGGGAGAGCAGCGUCCAGAUUGCGGACGCGGCGUCUUCCUCUUCUUCCUCGCACUGCCGUGGCGGUGGCGGCAGAAAGGGCGCGGCUCAGAACCAGGUGAGCUGCCUCUACCAGGCACGGCUCUCUGGCCGGCCCUGCAUGAUCUCGGUGACCUGGAGCAAGGGACUAGCUGGGAUGCAGGGCCUCAGCGUCACCGUCGACGACACAUGUGGCCAGUGUCUUUGCAAGGCUGACGUUAAGCCAUGGCUCUUCUCUAAGAAGAAGGGAUCCAAGAGCCUCACUGCCGGCGACGGAAAGAUCGAGAUCUUCUGGGACCUCUCAGGUGCUAAGUUUGGCCCUGGGCCGGAGCCACUGGAAGGGUUCUAUGUCACCGUCGUGUUCGACCGUGAGAUGGUGCUCUUGCUCGGUGACAUGAAGAAGGAUGCUUACCGGAAGACGUGUGCCGUCCGGCCUGCGCUCAGUACAUUGUUCUUGGCGAGGAAGGAGCACAUUCAUGGCAAGAAGAUUUACUCUGCCAAGGCUCAGUUCUCUGGCAGCGGCCAGUGCCAUGACAUUGUGAUAGAGUGUGAUUCUGUUGGGCUCAAGGACCCUUGCCUUGAGAUCCGCAUCGAUAAGAGGCCGGUCAUGCAGGUGAAGCGGCUUGCGUGGAAGUUCCGGGGGAACCAGACGAUUAUGGUGGAUGGGUUGCCUGUGGAGGUGUUUUGGGAUGUCCAUAGUUGGCUCUUCAGCUCGACAGCAAGCAAUGCAGUGUUCAUGUUCCAGACAUGUCCAGCACCUGAGAAGUCUAUUCCCUGGAUGUACUCGCAGAUUUUUAGGGAAUCUCAGUCGCAAGGUCUUGGUUUCUCCUUGAUUCUAUAUGCAUGGAAGAUUGAGUAGGUGCGUGCAGGAUCGAAUUGACUGACACGUUAUCCUUCCUGAAUGUUAGCAAGAUGAUUUAGUGUCUGAUUUGUUCCGUUGGGUCUGAGUGAGGCCCUAUUCAUGUUACUCUUUCAGUUCUCUUGCUUUGCCAACUGUAAACUUCUUCAGAUAUUUAUUGAUAUCAUGUGAUUUUUGUUUAA